AUGCACGACAGAAGAUCCUUUCCUUGUGCGGUCGUCGUUGACGACCGGAUGUUUUGUAUCGGUGGUUAUGAUGGCAACGACACAUUACGUACAGGAAAGGUCUACGACUUCGAAUCCAAUCAAUGGACGCCAAUCCCUACGAUGACCGUGGCGAGAUCAAACGCGGGCGCUGCUGUCCAUAACAAGAAGAUCUGCAUCGUAGGAGGAUGGGACGGAGUAAGCUUAGCUUCCGCCGAGGUAUACGAUGUCGUCAUCGGAGAAUGGAAACGAAUUGAGAAUCUCCCCCGACCCACGACCGGAGUCCGAUGUUGCUUCAUCAGCCUUCAGAAUCAAAACGACGACCUCAAACCGUUACGACAAAAGAACUCCAAAGGCCAUCUGUGCAGUAUUAUGUAA